AUGGCCGACGCCGUGGGAGUCAAGACGCCACCGGCAGACGCGAUCAUAUUGGAGCCGGUCGUGCGGGAACGAGUUAUAGAGGUGCCGAAACCGGAAAUACAUGAGCGAAUUGUGGAAGUACCGGAAAUACAGUAUGUGAAGCGCGUAACCGAAAUACCGGAGGCAGUCAUCCAGGAGAACAUCGUGCACGUGGCAAAGCCGCUACUACAGGAGCGCAUCAAGCACCUCCCCAAGCCCAUAAUACAGGAAAAAAUUGUGGAGGUGCCUGUCAUACAAAUCGUGGAGAAGGUGGUGGAGGUGCCGCAAUACGUCUACCAGGAAAAAGUGAUUGAGAUACCCAAGGUGGUCAUACAGGAACGCGUGGUCAGCGUGCCCAAGAAGGUGACGAAGGAGCGCAUUGUGGAGGUCCCGCGAAUAGAGUAUAAAGAGGUCAUCAACGAGCGUAUCGUGGAAAUCGAGCAGGAAAUCCCCGAGAUUGUUCACAAGGACGUUCACGUGACCCACUACAUCGACCGCCCUGUAGAGGUCGAGAAAAUUGUGGAAGUCCCGCAGAUCCAGGUCAGACAACAGAUUGGCAACAACAUACCCCUGCAGCACAAGUACAGGGAUGUCAUCACACCACAAUAUCGCAAUGUACCAACGCCAGUGGAGGUACCGAUCAAGCAGUACCGUAACGUGCCAGUGACCAAGGUCAUCGAGCGCGAAGUACCCAUCCCGGUAGAGAUCGACGUCAUACAGGAGUUCACAUGUAGGAACGUCGAGACACGGUACGUAGAGCCAAAAUAG